ACUACACGCUCAUUCGCCUCUCGGGCAGAAAGCUGUUCGCGCGCAUCUUUUAAAACAAGACAUGUGCAGUGCUGUGUUUACGUCAAAGUAUGCGAAAUAACAAAAAUACCAUUAAUAAAUAACAACUUCAACAAACAUGCCUUUAAAAAUGCAUUUCGUUGCCAUCGUAUGUUUAAUUUGUAUUACCAAUGCGGAGGAUUUGAAGGACUUUGUGGACUUGAAGGAGUUUUCGGAACCCCACGAAUUGUUAAUAGCGCAGGAAUCGAGGCAGUAUGAGACGAUCGUAAAGCCUCCAGUGAGGAUACUUAAGCCAAAUGGUGUGACGAAUUCUCACAGGCCGCAGUAUAACUUGGAUUCUUUGGAAGCGGAUUUAACAGCUCAGUUGGAUGAUUACUUCGAAUCGACGUCUAAGCCUCCAGUCAUAAAGAAUUAUAAGUUAAAAAUGAGCAAGGAGAAUAUGAUUCGGGAUGCUGUGCUACGCGCGCUGGAGAGGAAGGACCACGUGGGGAAGUUCGCACAGAUCCUGCCCAUCAUCAGAGCGAUGUCGGGGAACCAGCGGGUGGCGCUGGCGUCCCUGGUAGCUAGUCAGGUUACCACGCCCCCUGGACGACAGCCUCUUAACCUUUCACAGGUGAGAUCAAUGUUCAAUAACAACGAAACCUCAGACCUGAUGCUACCAAUCUUAUUAGACACUGCCAAUUUGAUCCGCCGAGCAAUUAGACCCGGCAAAGAGACGCGAGAAGUAAACUACCCACAAACACUAUUCCAGAGACGUUCAUUCACAGAGGAAUCAUUAGACGAUGACAUUUUUGACACAGAAGAUCAAGAUCUAAGUUCAACCACACAAACUGUACUACAUAAACAUCGCAACUUUAGAACUAGAGCCCAAAGAGUAUCUCAAACAAGUAACACAAUGAAUGACAAACAUGUACAAGACAACAAUGUUAAGGGCACACAGAGUAACACAGAUCCAAAAAACUCUACAACCACACCUCACGUAAUUGUUAAUGAUAAUAAUAAAACCAUAUCGAGAGGGUCAUAUUCCACAACAGAAUCAAUCACCAGCAACAGAUACGACAGCAUAAGCCGCAACGACAACGGCACCAUGGACCUGACAGCUGAUGCUACCAAUCAAACGCUUGUCCAAGAUCUGCCGAUUGCUGAAAAAUUCCGCUCACUGAACAGAUUUAUGGAUAGGAAAGGUAACCUAAUCCGUCGCGGUACAUUCAUGCCCAAGAUCUCUCCGAAGACGCGUCGCACCACCGCUGAGCCGCUCACAGUCAUCAGCAGACGUCGACCAAUACCAGCUAGGAAAUUGCCCACAGCAACCGAUCAAGCUAAAUGCGAAAUGUUUACGAACACUCUUUGUUUGCAUACAGAAGAUUACCCUGCAGACGCAAUCAUGAGCACCAUACGUCGGAACAAGGCAGCGGCGGGGGCGCUGUUGGCGGACUUCAAAGACCCUGGAGAGGGUGCUGUGGACGGGAUCACUGCUGCUCAGGAGGCGAAGUAUACAGCUGAACACUAUCUGGUGUCUAACAGACGAGGCGACACAGCAAAUCGCGACUUUGCAAGCGCCGGUGAAGCUGGCUUUAUGUGUCCGAGUACAGUGAAAUACGCGCGCCCGCAGCGGGCGAGGGCAACUUCAGGCCAGUGGAAGUACAUCGUGAACACGGGAGAACACACACAGACGUUGCGACUUGAAAAGUGCUUGAAACCGAAGGAAUCUUGUACAUACCUUACGGAUAAUUUUAAAUCAAAAUGUGUCCAAGUGUACAAUUACCAUAGACUUCUAACUUGGGACCAACAGAACGGCUUACAUAUGGAUAUAUUCAAAGUUCCUACAUGCUGCUCCUGUCAUAUAGAAGGUUAUAGCGUAUCGUUCCCACCGUUAGGUCACAGAAUGCAUGAAACAUCAUCCGAACAUUUCCCCGGCGAAGACCUAUCAUCUGAACAUGGUAACCAAGCAUUUGAAUCCGUGCAAUCCAGUAUUCAAAGGCCAAAUCUAUCGAAAACACCAUUUAGUCUCAAUAAACCAGUUUCUGUAGAGUCAUUUCCAUCAAGCGCAGACAAUCAGAAUACGAUACCUGGAUCGACAUUCAAUAGUGCGAAGCUAAAUGACAAUGAAGAUUUCAACAAUGUACCAUCAAAUCCUAUCGACUCCUAUGGUAACACAUACUUCCCUGAUUCAUUUAACCAAGCAACCUCUGUACGAAAUGUAAAAAGACCAGUACCUCGAAAUCCUUCUGGCAUCACUGCAUUAGAGUCAGUCACAUUACCAAGUUACUUAGAACCUCCAACACCUGCAGGACCAAGUUCAUUUACGUUCUCUAAGGACAGCUUUAACAAAUAUAAAGUUAUCGAUAGUCCGUUCAAAAGAGGCCCCAUAAGACCUAGCCGUAGGCCUAUAAGAAAAAAGAUAUCUUCAGGUCCGGAAGAUUUAGUAUCAUCGGGCACCUCUGCAGUGGGGGCAUAUGAUUUGGAUAGUUCGACCGACUUCAACGAAGAUAUAGAUGAAGCAGAAAUCAACGUCAACACAAACUUUAAUCCUCGAGCAACAAUAGCUCCAAAGCUUCAAGCUGUGACAACAGAAAGAAAUUUCACCAGCUAUAUCCCCUUUGAUCAAGCUAACUUAGAGAGGGAAGAAACUGUUAAUGGUAAGAAAGUAAAUUAUAAUUAUCAUCCUAUUAUUGACUUCUUUGUCGACGACGAAAAAAAUCAGGAUUCAAUUGAUAGAGAAGAUAAUGCGCAAACGUAUGCUGCGUCCUUGGAAUCUGAAUGGAAGCCAAUUAAUCGACCACUAGUAGACACUAAAACGACGAACUCAAUAGGACGAAAAAAACACAAGUAAUAGGUUAAUUAAUAUAUAAUAUUAAUUUAAUCUUAAAUUAACUUUAGCUAUAGACGGAGAUCUGAAUUUCAAGAUUUGAACGGAACUGAAAAAGUUACACUAUUUCAUAAAUUCGCCAGAUAUUUUUAUGUUAAGAAAUAUAGGAACCCAAAAUUCACUAAACCAUUUUUAUGUACAGAAAGUACUGUUGAAAAGCUAUUUAAACAAGUACUUUUAUUCUACUUAUGGUCCUUGAGCCCAGAAACAAAUUAUUUAUUUAUUUAUUUAUUCAUGACACAAAGUUAGAUUAAAAAUUUGUAUGUUGUGUUCUUCAUGACGAGAGACAUCUAUGAACGAGGAGAACCAGACUUUUGUGCGUCCAAUAAACUGGAAAACUAGGCUCAGGUUGCAAUAUUUAUCGUUUUAUAAUCGUUGGGUUGGUUUUAAAAUAAACAAUAAGAUAAUAUUGUGCUUAUCCAAAAUUUAAGUUCCAAUGGUAAAAAUAAAAUUGAUUGGAAUACUGACCGAGCAAAAAUUUACCAAAUGAAUAUAAUAUGAUUAUAAUAUGAAUAAAUAAUAUCUACCAAAUGUUUAUUUCAAUAUGUCGGGAUCUCUGCCUAUAUUGUAUAGUUAAAUCAAAAAUCGUAUGAAUAAAUUAUUAUUUUUAAGCUUACGAGCUUUAAGUAGAUGUCGCAAUUGUAAACUUUAGCAUAAAAAUGAAAAUCAAAGCCAAAUUAAAUUUGCAAUGUUAAUUAUUUAACUUAAAUUAUUCUGUAUUUUAAUUUAUUUAAGUAGCUAUAAGUAUAAGUUGUAAAGAUUAUUAAAAAGACUUGCCAAUA